UCACAUUAUAUUUAUAUUAGGCUUACGACCACUCCUAUUGGCACUUCCUCAAAACAGGUUACCACUCGUAAGGUGUGGACUCAAUGUCGAAAUUUCUUUAAAUUUAGCAUAGCUCUAUGUCGCCCAUUUGAAAUUUUCGUUUUAUGAGAACUCAAGAUGCCUAAUUGCAACCACUUCGUUUUGAAAAAGAGAAAGCGUCUGUCUCGUGAGAACCCAAAUCGAGAGAAAGCGAAGAGACAUUUAAUCUAUUAUGGAAGCGAAAUGUCAAAUUGUUGUUCUUCACCAACGUUCUGUGGAAGCUAUUCUUGAAUUUGGACCCUCAGGGCACAUUUGAAAUGCUUUAGAUUCUAUGGACUUAAAAAAAUAUAUGUGCAAAAUUGUCCCCACGUUCUUUAAUCCGUUCGGAAUCUCGAGUGAUUUCCAAAGACGGAUAGAAAUUCCCAAUUAGUUUUGUACCUUUUUUUUAAAUAAUAGCCGAGGAUUUUUGUCUUCCUCUUUGUUUGUCAAAAUAUCUUCUACUAAUAAUGUUGUUUCUAGGUUUUAGAUACACCGAAGACAACAACAAGAGCUAUUCCACAGCUUCAAAAUAAACCUCAUCAACGCAUCUUUGGUCGCACAGUCAACCUUAACACACAUGUUGCACCCCAACAGAAAUGUUGAUGCUUGCCCAACGAACUGUCAGUUUGAGAUUUGGGUAUCGCGUUUUGAACUACAAUCGCAAAGGGAAAUUUGAUCCGGCUUGUGAAAUAUAUUUUUGUUAGUCAAACUGCAGCAGACGGGUUGCAACAGUUGGUGUUGUACUGCAGCCUGUAACUGCUGGUGCUACUGACGUUGUGGGGUGCAACAACUGACAACUGUGGUGUGUCUUUUUGGGCCAUUUCAUGUUGAUGCCACAUCGGUUGCAACGCCACCACUCUUCACGACGAUAUCCAUUACAAGCGUAAGCCAUAGUCGUCUACAUAUCUUCCGUUCGGGUUGGGGCGCCAGUUUCUAGGUCAACAAAGAAGACUUUUAAAUCUCGAUCGCCAGAAGGGAGGUGGGGGCGAAAUUCUGGUCAUUGGAUCCACUUGAAAUGUGUAAAAAACAAAUGCGGAUUACAUAUUUUGGAAGGGUGUAGCCUAAUGUUGGCUAUAAAUUGUAAUCACUGCGACACUUUGGCAUUAGAAGUGUUCCACACCUUCAACCUAUCGGAUACCAAGCGAGUAGACGCGUUUCAUCAAAAUGAAAUUAAUCUUGUUGUGCGCCUUAUUGUCUGUGGCGGCCGCAUCCCGCACCCAUCACUUGGUGGUGGUAAAACCUGAAAUUCCAACAACGGAGUACAGAGAACAGGACUCUAAAGGAUUUUAUUCGUUCGGUUAUAGUGGCGAAGAAUCAGCCAAGGCAGAGUACAAAACACGUGAUGGUUCUUCCAAGGGAUUUUAUUCGUACAUUGACUCGGAUGGAAAGUUGCAGACGGUGAAGUAUGAGGCUGGUCGCAAACAGGGAUUUACCGCUUCGGCCACUAAUCUACCCAGCCAGCCGGUGGAUAAUAACCGCCCUCCAGAGCCAGUCACCGACACACCCGAAGUUGAAAUGGCCAAACAGGCACAUUUCGAAGCGUACCGCGAAGCAGCCAUUAAGGCGGCAAUGGAACCGGACACGGACGAACAGAUGGACGAAAAUGAGCUUAAACGAACCUCGGCCGAGAGCGACACGAGUGCCGAACUACAACAGAAUACCAGAGAUCUGCUUUUGAGUCGACAAAACUCUCGAGAUCAGCUAUUGAAUCUGUUGAGAGAGCACGAGGAACAACGUGCCAGAGAAGAUCAACAGUCACAACAACUGAUGACCACCUACAUUCUGAGUGCUAGUGCUGAGGCCAGAGCCCAUGGUCCUGGCCAGGCCGUGGCACAGGCUAGUAUCGGCGGUCAACCUGCUCUCUCGGAAUUGAGAACCAUUUACAGCAUGGACAAUGGCGAUUCGAAUGUUGUGCUAAAGGUUGGCAGCGGAAACGGCAAUGGAAACGAUCUCAGCGGCACCAGCAGCAUUGGCUUGAGCAACGGCAACAUAAGACAAGACGACUCUUCAAUCUCACAUAAUUCUCAAGAAAACUCCUUCUACACCGUAGACAAUCCCAAUGCCCACUACACCGUCGAAAUACCCACGGUCCUGACAACCCUGCCUCGCAUCGAGUCAAUUCGGGUGGGUGCUGGAAACGGCCAUUUGCCUUUGGCCAAAAGUACCACCUACAUAACUCAACGUUUGAAGUCGUUCUAAGCUUAUUCCUACCCUGUCUAUGUAUGUAUGUAUGUAUAUCGAACGAAAGCCAAGCAAGCCAAAAGUACACCUAAACUGAUUGUAGUCCAAUUUCAUAGUUUCCAAAAUUCUGUCAACGUCAAUAAACAAACUAAAAAAAGACACUCAACCAAAACUGCAAAGGAAAAC